AUGAUAGAGUAAACAACAGUUUACUGCUGAGUGAUCUGAAAGAUACGAUAUACAAUAAGACAACAACAACGACAGCAAUAACAACAACAACAACAACAAUAAUAAUAAUAAUAACAACAAAACAACAACAACAACACCUUUAGGUAGAGCAGACGACACAUAUUUUGGUUACAGCGUGAGAACAAAAGAAGAUGACGAAGCAGCAGGAUAAUAAUUGUAUGAGUAAAGUGAAACAAACGUUUUUGUUGACGUGUAUAUUGAUGUUUGUGACGUUAUUUGCAAUGUACGGCUCAACAGAACAUUUCUCAAACUAUUCUACAGUUUUUAAACGCCAUGUUUCAAAAUUUAGACGAAACGUUUCAAAGAUAUUUAGAGAUUCAAUUUUUAAGAAUAAAUUAGUUUUGGAUACAAAUAAAACACAAGAAUUCAAUUCUUCAGCAAAUGGUUUAUAUGAUGUUUAUAAUGUAAGAAAUUCAAGUAAUGUGACAAAAAUGGCGAUUCAUACCGGUACAGAAAAAGGACUUCUUGUUAGCAACUUAAAUGUGAAACAGGGAACGGAAACAAAAGAGUUCCCUGGUAUGCCUGACCCAUGUGCGAAACCCAGACGCAAAACUGGCGUAGAGGAUAUACUUUGUAUGAAACGACCAGAAUUUUUGCCCGAAUAUAAAAACCCCUGUUGGAUGGAUGAUGAAGGCCAGUUCCGUUGUUUGCCAUACUUUCAUCUGAUUGGAAUUUGUAAAAGUGGAACAUCUGAUUUCUUUAAACGACUCCUGCUUCAUCCAGAUAUCCUUCCCAACAGAGGAAUCUUUGGCAAAGAAAUAUGGUACUGGUCAUGGAAACGUUUUUCUAUAAAGGACCGAGGCGGAAGGUUGAAACUGGGAAUGACCCUCAAAGAAUUCAUGCGACAAUUUGAUUCUGAAAGGAUACGUACAUCGGUCGAUAGCCAAGGUCGCCACACUAAAAUAACAGGACAUGGCGACCCAAUGGAUAUCUGGGAUAGAUUCCGCGAAGAGGCCACACCCCAGAACACGCCCGGGGCGGAGGAACUACUCUGGACCACGCCUUAUUCUGUACGCCAUAUAAAUCCAAAUGUUAAACUUCUUCUUAUGCUCCGAGAUCCCAUUGAGAGAUUGUAUUCCCAUUAUUUUCACAGUGGCGCGGGAAGUUCGGCUCAAUCUUUUCAUGCUCACGUGACAAUAUCAAUAGAACUCUGGAAGAAAUGUGUCCAACAACACUCAGUGAGACACUGCAUAUAUUCACUGAAAUUUAAAAGCACUUUGAGGGCACCUAUUUAUACAAGUUUUUACAUAGUGCAUUUGAAGGAGUGGUUGAAAGCGUUUCCCAGGGAACAGUUAUUUAUAUUUAGAAAUGAAGAUUACUCCGCCGAUAUUAAAGGAACAAUGCGACAGAUUUUCAAAUUCCUGGAUGUUCCAAUUCCGAGUGAAACUAUUUUAGACAAGAUGAAAUCAUUGUCGCAUUUUUAUGAAACAAAAAGUAAGAAAAGGGCCGGACCCAUGCUGCCCGAGACUAAAGCAAUGCUAGUGGAGUUAUAUAGACCUUAUACAGAGGAACUUGCAGCGUUUCUUAAAGAUGAAAGAUUUUCUUUUAAGGAUCGUUCAUUCAAAAGUCGAUGAUACUGUUUUAUUGUAUUUAUUAAUGUUAAGAAUUGCAUUAUUUACAUUUAUAAGUCUAUUCAGGCCGGUCUAGAAUUGAAAGUAAGUUGGCACUAAGCUUUCGGUAGGUCACCGAUCUAACUUACAGGGGCGUAGUCACCUUUAUUAAACGUGUAGGCCAGUAAAAGGGGGUCAAAAUCAAGUUCCGAUUACAAAGAGCCAGUUGCCCGUUCCAAAGUAUUUUCAAGGAAAAUUAUCAAAACAAUAAUUUUAAACUAUGAAUUUGAUUAGAUGCAAACUUUACUGAGGACGAUAAAUCAUUAAUAAGCCUACACUUGAUUCGACCAUACGACUUGAACGGUGACUACCAACCCACCCCGCCUGUUUUUAUUGUAUUUUUGAGACUUUUGAAAAUGUCAAUUUCUUGACCAACUUGUAGGCCCGGCCUACAUGGCCUAAUAGUAGCUACGCCACUGCUAACAGAAAACAGACGCUUUAUUCUGAAUCUGCAAUGUAUUUACAAAAAAUAUAUAAUUACAUAAUAUAGCGUACUUUAUCAGACAAAUGAGUAAAACAUCACCCAACUUAAUCAAUACUCCCUCAAUAAUGUUUCUGCUCAUUUUUUCCCUUCCGGUUUAAAUUGACUGGAUAUCCGGAAUGAUGAAUUUGUUAUUGUUUAUUUUUUGAAUAUUUACGAAUUUUAAUUGAUGCACAGCAACAUUGAUUCUAAAAGUCCCUCUAUAGUUAAACAAUCGUACAGAAAAAAUAGUUGAAAACAAUUCUGUUUUGAAACGAGAGUGGUCACACAGUACCAGUAAGUCAGUAUCAAUAGGGUUCUCUUUUUUGUUAUAUUUUUCAAUAUUUGAAUGAUUAACAAAAAAUUAAUAUUUUCCGAUUCCAAUGGUACAUAUUUUUCCAAUAUAACUCUUGUAUGUUUAAUCGAUAUGCUUGCAAAAAUUGUGACAAAGUAUUGCCACAUAGAAAUAUUUGUUCAAGCGUAACGGGACAAGUAAAAGAGCUAUCGGUAGAUAUUUACCUGAAACAUGUAUGAUUUUAAUGCAAAUAUUGAACGCCAAUCCCGAUAACUGUAAUGCGUUUUAUAAAGGUAGGCAACUCUUCUAAACAUAUGAAGUAUUUGUUUCCUUGAUUCUUUGUUAUUGCCCCUUUGCAUUUUCAUAAAUUGCUCAAUUAAGUUUACGUUCAUUACCCUAGUCAUGCACAGAGGUAUAAUAAUACAUUUUAUAUUAUUACAUUCAUAUCAUUUUAUAAUUUACAAUGUUUUAGUGUUCAGUUUAUAUAUUUUAUUACAAAAAAAUUCUAUAUCUGUUUUCUUACAAAAAAGAAAUGAGCCGCGUCACGACAAAAACAACAUAGUUCGUUUGCGAACAGCAUACGCGGAGUCUGAUCAGGAUCCAUGCUGUUCGCUGUACGUUUCUCCACUUGUAAUAGAGUUGGUAAGCGAACAGCAUGGAUCCUGAUCAGACUGCGCGGAUGCGCAGGCUGGUCUGGAUCCAUGCUGGUCGCAAACCCACUAUGUUGGUUUUGUCGUGACACGGCUCAAAACAGUUUGUCUCAUCUUUGUGUCAACAUAUUUAUGAUUUUAUGAAUUUAUAUGAUUAAUUUUUGUAUCAUUUCUGAAAAAAAAAAUGUUUACAUAUUAAUUAUAUUAAAUAAUAUAAUUAUAUCUUUAUUUAAGCAUAAUGCUAAAUAAACACUGUCAUAAUAUAUUUUACAAAUCUGUAAUAGAAAUCCAAAUCCCGUAUGUUCUUAAAUAAAAAAUAUUGAAAUAAAUACAUGUUGAACUUUUAGUUAAUAUUCACUUUUGUAUUAACUUAUUAGUUUAAGAUCAAAAGUAAGACUUAGAAAAUCGUGAUGUGAUUUAUUCUAUGCUCUCACUGUCACAAAUCCUCUCUUCCGGCUCAGCUACCUCAAUCCCCCACCCCCCGGCAACUGUAUUUCAAUUGGCGCCAUCACGUGUCAUCUUUAACAUUUGUAUUAUAUAAUGCUAGUUAGGCCAGAGUGAUACACAGCUUAUCCAGAAAUACAUGUACCAUUCAAGAUGCUACUUCGAAAGUUUUCAAUCUCGUUUUCGCUCUUGUUGAAUCUCAAGCACGCGCGCGGAUAUAGUGUCUCUUGUUAGGCGCACCCCAUUUUAUAGAGGAAAGACCAAUAACACAUAUUAUCGACUUAUAGUCGAAAUAAUCCAUAGGCGGCCAUUUCCGAUGAACAUUUACUAAUCUAAAGUUUAUAACGUAUUUACUUACAUGUAUAAUAGAUUGAACUCAAGAAUGAUUUCUUGUUUCUAUUUUAUAGUUUUAUUGAUGUUAUUAAUUAUAAUAUUUUUUUAUUAAUUUAAUUUGUUAAACCCAUCUCAGAUUGUUGAAUUAUACUAUGGUCAAAUUGUAUAAGCGAAAGUUAUUUUAGAAAAUUUAAAAUUUAUUUUCUUAGGGGUGAAUGGCUCCUUUGUACACAAAGAAAUACAGUUGUCUCUAACAUUAUUUCUAACAAUAUUCUAAAGCACUUUUUAUUAUCACAGUUUUAUUUUAGAUGAUAAUAAUGAAACUAUUGCACAAAGAGCAAAUGCGUUUUUUUUUAAAGAAUAGCUUUAAAAGUGACACACUUGUAGCUUAUUCAUGACAUAAAACCAUAUUAAAAAUUGUA